UGAUUGGCCCAAUCAGAUAACCUUAUCCACCAAUCCCUAACGGAGAAGCUGCCACGUAGGACAGCGAUCAAGAUGGCAACGCCACCUGAUAUCUAAAAUUUCCACCUCUCAUUGCAUCCUCUCCCCCACUCUCAAACACAGCCUUAAGAAUACCAUCUCCCAAAUAAGGACAGUAAAUUCGUAGAACCAAAGAUCGGAGAAAGAAAUGGCCUCAACUUCAGCUGUUUCAAUGGCUAUGCCAUUAACUUCUGCAAGCCAAAAGAGGGUUCUUCCAGGGUCAGAGGCCUUCUUCAAGCCAUUGCAUGUGAGGCCAUCUAAGGCUACAGUGGCAUCAAAAUCCAAUGGGAGGUUUCAAGUGAAGGCUUCAUUGAAGGAGAAGGCAGUCACUGGGUUGACAGCAGCUGCACUCACUGCUUCCAUGGUGAUUCCAGAGGUGGCUGAAGCUGCUGAGUCUGGGGUUUCUCCAUCUCUCAAGAACUUCUUGCUCAGCAUUGUGGCUGGUGGGGUUGUGCUCUUUGCCAUUGUUGGUGCUGUAAUUGGAGUAUCCAAUUUCGACCCUGUCAAGCGGAGCUAAGGGGUGUAAUAAAAAAAUUUCUUAGGUUUCUGGGAAUUCUUUUUCCUCUUUUGUGUUUAUGUAUCUCUACGAUGUUUCUAGUGUUAAUCUGUCUUAAAUUCUGUGUUUGUUUUGUCUGUCCCUUCCUCAGCUGUAAUUUCACCUGAAACCUGUGGAUUCUGACAUUUUCAUUUUCUAAUUUCGCCAAUACAAGAAACAUAAAUUUCCAGGAA